AUGAUAUACAAAAUCGUAAUCAUCGUAUUUAAUUAUAUGAUAUUAGGACGCUGCUUGAGUGUAUCAUCUAUUUUAGGAAGGCUAGGAACCACACCACGAACAAAGCAUUUGAGCUACAUAACAACAAGCACUAAGAUUCCAACACGUAAAAGGUACAAUCACCAAGGGUUGAGAGAAAUGACGACAUCAGAUAAGGGGGAGGACCUGACAGUGUUCCACAAAAUAGUUACUGGAGAGCUCCCAUGCAAGAAGGUAUACGAGGACGACCUCAUGUUGGCAUUCCAUGACAUAGAGCCCGUGGCGCCGAAUCACCUGCUCCUUAUCCCAAAGAAUUUCGAUGGCCUGGCAAGUUUAUCAGAUGCAACGGAGAGGCACGAAAAGGUCCUGGGACACAUGAUGGUCAAGGCAGCACAAAUAGCGAAGGACAACAACUAUGGAGAUUUUAGACUGGUUAUCAACUCAGGAAGAAAGGCACAGCAAACAGUCUUUUAUCUUCAUAUGCACCUGCUUUCAGGAAGGAGCUUCAAUUGGCCACCAGGCUAA